UUUUUCCCUUUCAAAUAGUAUCAGGAAUAUCCUAAACACCCUCAGUGACCGGUCCUUUGACUACUCAAUGGUUCUGACAACUCAUGAAGACAAGAGGGAACACAUGGAUGAGGAUCACCCUCUGAAUCAGAUGGUCAGAGCCUGUAGAGGGAGGCAGCACCUCCGCAACCACACUCAAUUUAUUGCAGAUGUUGACAAGAUUGUAAAGGAGAAUGGAGGAGACUAUCUCACCUGUGAUGUAUUUGAAGAUGCUACAAGUGACAUGUUACAAGGGAAAGAGGAAAUCCACAGGAGUAAAACUGAUGGAAGUCUCAAAUCUUCCUCUGAGGAAGAACUCGGAAAGGAUGUUUUGGAACAAGGUGAAUCAUCACAAUUACACAAUUGGGAGAAAGUAAAAAAAAUUGGUUUGACGUUGCUUAAGCAAUCAUGGAGUGGAGAAAGAUGUGUGUCUCAACUCAGGAUAGUGUUGCUGGGGAGGAGUGACGACAAGAAGAAAACAGUGGGUAACAUUAUCCUACAGCAAAGGGCUUCUCCAGCAAUAGGCCUCUCUGCUGGUUUGUUUGGCAAAAAACAGCAAUGUGAGUCAGCCAGUGGGAAGGUGAAUGGCAUGUCUGUUACUGUUGUAACGACUCCAGACUUCUUUGCUCUGCCUGUGAAGUCCCUGAUGCAGGAGAUGGAGAGAUGUAAGUCCCUCUCUGCUCCUGGGCCUCAUGGGGUUCUGCUGGUGUUGAAGCCUGAGGACUUCACAGAGGAGAACAGAAACACAUUCAAGUUGAUCCUGAGCAUAUUUGGUAAAGAGGCCUUCAAGUACUCAAUGGUGAUCAUUACUCACGAGGGAGUCGCAGGAAAUCCUCAUCUGAGACAAAUGAUUGAAGAAUGUGGAGGAAGGCAUCAUGAAAUGUACAAACAAGGAAGUGACCACAAUGAGUUAACUGAAAAGAUAGAAAAGAUGGUAGAGGAGAAUGAAUGGAGAUACCUCACCUCCAAUGAAGAGACGACACAUGAUACCAUGACACCAAAGGCUCAGAGACUGAACGUGGUGCUGUGUGGCAGAAGAGGAGCUGGGAAGACUUCAAUAGCCAAAGCCAUACUGGGUCAGACAGAGUCCAGUCCAAAGUCCAGCUCCUCCUCAGUGUGUGUGAAGAGAGAAGGAGAGGUGUGUGGUCGGCCGGUCACCCUCAUCGAGCUGCCUUCUCUGUUUGGAACACAUCUCACUCAGAAGGAAGUGAUGCGUGAGACUUUCAACUGUGUCUCUCUCUGUGACUCUGGAGUCCAUGCUUUCCUCAUGGUCGUACCUUUGGGUCCAAUUACUGAUGAAGACAAAGGAGAGCUGGAGACCAUCCAGAAGAUUCUCAGCUCACGAGUCAAUGACUUUGUCAUGGUCCUGUUUAGACAGGAUAACAUUCCAGUUGAUAAAACUGCAGUUGACUUUGUGGAACAAAAUGCAGACAUAAAGCAACUGAUCAAGAUAUGCGGAAGGCGGUUUAACAUCUUUGAUGCUUCAAAGAUUGAGAACUCUAAGCAGACAACAGAACUUGUAACAGAAAUCAUCAAAAUGAUGGAUCAGAACAGAACCUGCUACACUCUGUACAUGUACAUGGAGGCUAAACACCAAUCAGAACUGGACCAAAACAGAAGAAUCAAGGAUUUAGAGGAGAGAAUCAGGAACAUGUCACAAGGUGCUGAAAUGGAGUGUUCCAGCACAGAGUGCAUAAGGGUGGUGCUGAUUGGGAAAACUGGCAAUGGGAAGAGCUCCUCUGCAAACACUAUCCUGGGCAGAGAUGAUUUUAAGUCUAAAUCCAGCACUGAUUCUGUGACAACAGUUUGCAAGAAGGCAGUCGGCAGAGUUGAUGGAAUAACAGUUUCUGUGGUGGACACACCUGGACUUUUUGACACAACAUUGUCUAAUAAAGAUGUUCAGCAAGAGAUAGUGAAAUGUGUUUCCCUGUCAGCUCCUGGUCCCCAUGUGUUUAUCAUAGUGUUGAGUAUCGGGAGAAUCACGAAAGAGGAGCUGGACACUUUGGACCUCAUAGAGAAAACCUUUGGUCCACGGGCAGGAAUGUUCUGCUUAGUUCUGUUUACUAGAGGAGAUAACUUGGAAAAUGAUUCAAUUCAAGAUUACAUUGGGAACAGCAAGAUUGCCAAACUGCAUAAACUGAUCAGAGAUUGUGGAGACAGACUUCAUGUCUUCAACAACAAAGAGAAAAAUGACUGCACACAGGUCAAUGAGCUGAUUAAGAAGAUGAACAAAAUGGUGUCCAUGAACAAGGGCAGUUUCUACACCAAUGAGAUGUUCCAGGAGGCAGAGGCAGCCAUUAAACAAAAACAGGAAGCAAUACUGAAGGAGAGAGAGAUGGAGAUAAAGGCUGACAUGGAGAAACUGAAGGUCAGACAUGAAACAGACAUGGAAAAGAUGAAGUUAAAGUUGGAAGAGGAGAGAUUGAAAGUUCAGCGGGAAAGACAGCUGAGAGAAAACAUGUUGAGAGAGAGAGAAGAAGCUAUUAGAAAAGAACAUGAAGACAAGGAGAAAGCAGAGAAGGAAGAAAGAGAGUUGGAGGACAAAAAAAGGAAAGAGGAUGAAAAGUUGAAAAAAGAAAUAUGGGACACAGAAAAAGAGAAGAUGGAAAAAGAGAUAAAAACUCAGGAAAUAAAGUUGGAGAAACAACAAAGAGAAAAGGAAGAAGAAUAUAAAAUGAGGUUGGAAAAACUGAGAAAAGAAGAGAAAGACAAAGAAGAACGGCAAAUAAAUCAGGAAUGGAAGUUUGAUAAACUAAAAAGGGAACAGGAGGAAGAAAUUAAAAGGAGAGAGAAAGAAGAGGAUGAGAGGAGAAAGAAGGAAGAGAAAGAAAGACAAGAGUGGCAAAGCAAAAUAGAGGAAGCAGAGAAAGGUCAAACAGAACUCCAAAAGGUCAUGCGUAGAGAAAAAGAGGAAUGGGAGGAACAAUUGAAGAAAGAAAGAGACAGACAACAGGAAGAAGAAAGGCUGAGGAGACAGAAGGAGGCAGACACUCUUGUAGAACAAGAGAAAAAACAGAGGAGAUUGAGAGAGGAGUUUGAAAGAGAGAGGGAACGAGAUAGAAUAAAGAUGAAGGAAUCAGAAGAGCAGAGGAGAGAAACCGAGCAGAAAGAAAGAGAACGAAUAGAAAAAGACUUUGAAGAAAAGAGGAGAGAGUUGACAGACAAAAUGACAACGCAACGAGAGCAGUGGGAGAGAGAACGUGGAGAGGAACAUGAAAGAAGAAUUCAAGAGGAUGAAAAUAGAAGAGUGGAGGAGAGACUAAGACUAAGAAAACUGGAGGAAACACUUCACCAAGAACGUGAAGAAGAGAAUAUGAGGAAAGAGAAGGAAGAUAAAGUCAGGAGAGAACAAGAAGAGAAGAAAUGGAAAGAAAUGAGGGCAGAUUAUGAAAGGAAAACAAAAGAAAUGAUGGAUAAAUAUGAACAAGAGGCCAGAAGACAUGCAGAGGAAAUGAAUAACUUUAAAGAGAAAUAUGAAAAUGACUUCCAAAAACUAUUGGAUCAACAUGAAGAAGAGAAGGAGAAACUGAUAUUAAAGCACAAAGGGGAGUAUGAUCUUUUGAAUGCUCUAUAUGGUCAUGAUAAAACAAAACUCACUGAGAAAAUCAAUGAAUUACAAGAGACGCAUGAGGAAGAGAUAAAGCACCUGUAUAAAUGUGUUGUACAGUGAGUAUCUUGAGCCCUAUUUGAAUGGGAUUGGUAUAAUUAAGCAAUAAGGCCCAAGCCGGUGUGGUAUAUGGCCAAUAUACUGUACCAAGGCGAAGGGUUGUUCUUAUGUACGACGGAGCCCCUGGAUACAGCACUUAGCCGUGGUAUAAUGGCCAUAUGCUACAAACCUCUGAGGUGCCUUAUUGCUGUUACCCACACAAUUAGAGCAGUAAAAAUAUUUUUGGGUCAUACCUGUGGUAUACGGUCUGAUUUUCCACGGCUUUCAGCCAAUCAGUAUUCAGGGCUGAAAGCACCCAAUUUAUUAUAACAAAUAAACAUUGUAACUUAAUACCUGAAAUGUAAAUAUAUUUUUAAAUAGACUGCGGUGAUAUGAGCAGCAGUGUGAACCAAAGGUAAUUCAGAGUGAGCGUGAUGCAAGAGGUUAGACUCCCACACAGAACAUCUGCGGCCGUGUGCUUGUGCAUGGGAGUUCACUUCACUCUCCUGUGAUGUGAAAGCUGCCUGAUACUAUUUUGAAUAGAUUUUCUCUGUCCUAGAACAUCAGUACAUGAAGAGGAAUUGUCCAAAACUCCAUUUAUGGUUUCUAAACCUAUUUGUUUGAUUUAUUGUUUAUUAUCCUUGUUCAAAGCCUUUUCAUUGGACAGAUCAGACUGACCAUGACAGUAAACAUGUUGCUGGAUUGUUGGUCAUUUUUUAUCGAUGUGCUAGGGUGUCAUUUUCCUAAUGUCUGAAAUUAGCAUGUUGAGCACUUUAGUUAGUCUCCAUUCAAGAACACUGUUAAUUUCACUAAAUACUACCAUCCACAAUAUACACGUGAUAAAGCAGCAGUCUAUUGAAGCCCAAUUUGAAUGGGCCAAUAUACCACGGUUAAGGGCUGUUAUGAUGUCAUAUGUUUCAUUUUUCUAUCUGUGACUGUGCUUUAUAUAUUCUGAUGCUAUUUGUGUCUUUGUGUUGUAACAAACCAGAGAAUAAAAGACAAAUCAAUAAAUGA